CACAAGUUUUAGAUUACCAACUCUUAUGGCACCUACUCCAUGUUAUCAACUACACCAUUUUUGCACCCUUCAUUUCUCUCCAUAAAUACACAUAUUUUCAAGCAUUCAAACUCAUCUCAUUCCUCCAUAGCCACUUCACCCAUCAAUCAUCCACAACUUCACCAAAGGUUUCCUAUGGCACCCUCUAGUUUCACUUGCUUUUCACUACUGUCCCUUCUGGUCCUAGCCACCACCUUCUCUGUAGUCAAUUCGGCUCGAACCCUCAAUGAGGAACCAGAGCCAGCGGUCCCAGUGGUUGCACCUGAGCCCGACACCCCUCUUCCUAAUGUAACUCCUUUGGGCGCCAUCCCUCCUAACCCAGCUUCUAGUGCUGGUGUGGUACCUGUCGAAGAAGGUUCUGAUCACACGCUUGAGUUCUUCAUGCACGAUAUUCUUGGCGGGUCGAACCCAUCGGCUAAGGCUGUCACUGGAGCGGUUACCAACCCGGCGGUCAACGGUCAGGUCCCAUUUGCUAAACCGAAUGGCGCUAACCUUCCGGUGAACAACGGUGUUCCUCAAGAUGACGGAAAUAAUGGAAUCAUCAACAACAACAAUCUGCCGUUCCUAACCGGCCUCGGCGGAACCACCUCGAACGUUUUCCAAAACAACGGAAACAAUAACAACGGAAACAACAACAACAACAAUAACAACGCGUUUGCCGCCAUCAAUGGCGGGCAGCUCCCUAAUGGCAACGCGUUACAACAGUUUAUGUUCGGGACAUUGACCGUGAUCGACGACGAAUUAACCGAAGGACACGAGCUCGGGUCCGGGUUAAUCGGAAAGGCACAAGGGUUCUACGUAUCGAGCUCGAUAGAUGGAAAGAGUCAAACGAUGGCGUUCACUGUGAUGUUUGUUCACGGAAGUUAUAUCGAUAGCCUGAGCUUUAUGGGGGUUCACCGGAGUGCAGUGGCGGAGUCGCAGCUAGCGGUGAUGGGUGGCACCGGAAAGUACGUGAAUGCAAAGGGGCAUGCAAUAGUGAAGACUUUCCAAGGGACCAACCAGCAGAACAAUGAUGGCACAGAGACAUUGCUUCACUUCACUGUGUUCCUUGCUUAUUAGUUUCUAUAUGUAUGUGUUUUGCUUUCUACUUCCGUUAUCUUUUGCUGUGUUUAUGUUAUGUUACAAGAAAUUUGUGUGUAAAAUUAAUACCAAAGAGUUUUGAAUACAUUUUGAUUCUGUUGUGUUCA